AAUCGCUUUCCUUACAGAUCUAGAGGGCGGCUAUCACAGUACAUCCGUAACGUUUAUCGCAUCCUGCCGUUUAUGUAUGUUGCGCAAAUUCCAGUAUUGUUAACGCACGCUUUCCAGCUACAGCAUCCAAACUAUCAAUCUUUUAAGUCAACAUUAAUCAGUAACCAUAGUGACACAUUGGGAAUCUACCGAUAUAGAUAGUAUCGAUAUCUUAUCUGGUUAACAAUAUCGGCGGUAGAACCGGAAUGUAGCAUACAGGAUUAUAUCACUCUAGUCCGUGUACUCUCGGAAAGCGACUGUUCAUGUACUAUAAGCUGUCGGACCGAGCGUAAAUCAUCAUGACAACCCGACGGUACGCUCUGUCUCUUGUCAUCGGUGCUCUGGUACAAGUUGUUCGUGUGAGUUGUCAGUGUGAUAACUCGCCCUUUGUCAUCCCUGUACCACUGUACGACACAGCCAGUAUCACUAGUCCCGGCUACCCCAGAAACUACGCUAUUAAUUUGAACUGCUCCUGGAUUUUCGAAUUCGAGCAUGAAACGGACUACUUCUUUGUGCGGAUGGACGACGUCUAUGUUGAUUGUAAGGGGGACGUAAUCCGGUUAAUAAAUUUACACACAAAUACCGACAUAGUUUCAUUUUGUGACGAUGCCACCACAAGCGACGUCUAUACACAGUCUGGACGCCUUAGGGUGGAGUUCAGCACCAAUGGUGUACAGCGAGAUAACGACAGGGGGUUCCGACUGUAUGUCACUAGUAUGCCGAGCGUAAAACUGGAUGUCGCCGAUUGUCCAUCAAAGGGCGACGUCGAGCUCUUAGCCGGAAAGAAUACUGAAGUGUUGACAUCACCACACUUCCCAAAGCAUUACCCGUCGAGUCAAACCUGUCAUUGGAAGAUUCCGUCCAAAACUGGAUACAAAAUCGUCAUAACUGUAGAUUUUAUAGACAUUGAAUACGGAUCCACGCCGCCCGAAGACCCGGUAGAUUACCUACAGAUAGAUUAUGCAGAGGGUAAUUCGACUACACAGAAUCAACGGUACUCUGGACGAUGGAACUUUCAAUCGGUACAGAACUAUGCCAUCACGUCUGUGGGAGAUGUUGAAAUGACGUUUACUUCGGACGCCGACACCAGCUAUGCUGGAUUCUUACUUCGUUAUAAGCUAGUCGAAUUACCAUUAUCUCAUACCAACACAGUAAAUCCAGCUUCCACAUCAAACGGUAAGGUCAUUACAACAGAAAGGACACGAGUUACAUCAGAAGAGAGUGUCUUUACAACAGAAGAUACAGUAUCUACAUUAGAAGAAAUAUUGUCUACAUCACAGGAAACUAUCGUCACAACAGCAGAUACAGUAUCUACAUCAAAAGAUAUACUGUCUACAUCACAGGAAACUACCGUCACAACAGCAGAUACAGUAUCUACAUCCAAAGAUAUACUGUCUACAUCACAGGAAACUAUCGUCACAACAGCAGAUACGGUAUCUACAUCAGAAAAUAUACUGUCUACAUCACAGGAAACUAUCGUCACAGCAGCAGAUACGGUAUCUACAUCAGACAAAACAAUAUCUGCAUCAGGUGAUACAAUAUCUGCAUCAGAAGAUACAAUUUCUACAUCAGAAAAUAUAUUGCCUGCAUCACAGGAACAUAUCGUCACAACAGAAGGAAUAAUAUAUACAACAAAUAUUUUAUUGUCAACACCAAAAGGAAAUAUCGUUACAACAGAUAAUACGAUAUCUACGUCAGAUGAUAUCGGGUCAAAAGACAUAGAAUCAGGCCAUACAACGAAGGGAACGAUAUCAAUAGCAGGGGAUACGACAAAUAACGAUACAAAUCGCGAAGAAAUUGUGAUACCCAGAUAUGUGUACGAGUCAAAAGUAGAACGGCGGACUAGCUCCUGUGAUGUACAAACAUGUGUGAUACCUCUCGUUGUGGCCAUUGGUCUUUUACUGUCGAUUCUCUUUGUCGUUAUCGUGGCACUCGGCGUGACGAGAUCUCGUCGGAAGGAUAGGUACCACGUGCGCAAGGCAUUUCCCUGUCGUCCUCCCAUGACUGAUACAGCAAAUGGGGAUUCCUAUUUGUAAUACUUAGCUUAUUACAGCGGACUUAGCUGUUAUACCAAACUGGACAUAAUGUUGAGGUUCUCAAAUGCAAAUAACAACAAAAUCAGUGUGUUAACAACGAAAACAUCUGCAAGACCACACACUUGUGUUUUUAUAACGAAUCAGAAAGCACGAGUUUAUUGCGCGGACGAAUAUAUUCACGAGUGCGAAGAGCGAACAUAGCAUUUUACUCCUCGUAAAUUGUAAAUUGAUGAUUGUACAAACCUACAUUCCACAUGCUUAGAAUGGGUAACAUGUCCAGAUUGUACAAGUUUGUGCUGAAAUUUCACAAGUGCAUGAUUGGUCAAUAUUAUUUCCUGCGCGGUUUUUAUUGGCGGGGUAUACUGUCCUUGGCGGGUCUCUUGUUUUAAACUUUGAUGAAAUAUGGUAUGGCACAAACUUAUGUUUCAAGGGAAAACAUCGAUUUCAGAUGAAUGAAUAAUUGAUACUUUUUUAUAAGAUAGUUCCUGUAAUUGGUGUGAAGAUUUCAGUACACUGUCCCUUCCUUAAUUGAAACGUUAAGAUUGAUUUGUUGGCAUUGUUUUCAUUACAGUUUAUAUAACCUAUUAUGCAAUACAAAAAAACCUUUAAAGCUUUUGUAUUUGCUUUGCCCAUAUGUGAUGUCGUAAUAACGACCCUUCCCAUACAAAUAUAGAAAGCUUUUUCUCGCAUCGUUUCUCACAUAAACAGAUUCUUGCCAAUUAGAAUGAUUAUAAUUGAAUUUAAACGUGUUGCUCUGUUUGUUUGGGAUACAUAAAAGUGUACUUUACCAACGUAGUUUCAAUGAUUAAUGCUAAAGUGCACGAUCGAAAGCAUAUAACAAAACCGUUUCCUAUGUUUUGUUAUCACAUGAUCAACACUGCAAUUACAUGUAUAUAUACGGGUGUUCGUUUGUAAUAAUUAGAAUAAAAUCUCGAAUCAGUGCAAGUCGAUUUCAUUUUAUACGAGUUAUCGUUCUUUACCCAUAAAACGAAUCAGUGCUUGCCCCAUUGUCGCUAUACUAUAAGUCGCCUUUGUUUGUCAAAAGUGAAUUGAGCAGUGAGUUUUUUUUUAUAGAAAGAUAAGCAUUCUUUAUGAUUUUAAGAUCAAGAGUUUUCCAUUUAUCUGUGCAUUGUUUCAUACAUCUUACGUAUGUAAAUUUGUAUUGGUGUAGGAAAUGUGUUUAACAAUUAAAUAUAUAUAUGUGUCGGAUGUGCAUUUCACGUGUGUGGAUAGUUAUUUUUGUGUAACUACUGGUAAUUGUCUGUUGCUAUGUUACCAACCAUGGUACGUAAAUUGCAUAAGUUAGAGGAAGACAUCGCAUUUUGAUUGUAUUGACUAUAAAGCUUCAUUAAGCAUCUGGCAGUGAUGGUCUCUCGUCAAGAGGAAAAUUAUAUACAUGUACGAGGCUUAGACUAGUAAAACAUAUUUACGAAUCCUUCAACAGGACCACAUUAAAGGAACUUAAACACAGACAGCAGCGUUUGACGUGAUUUGUAAUAAAAAUAUAUCCAAAAUAUUUUA